ACGAAGCAGCAGCAGUAUUAGGACCUAGAACCUAGAACACACAGGAGACAGAAAGGCCUAGGCAGUUUAAUGCGAAGAAAACGCAAAUAUUCGUAGCUUAGAGUCUUGUAAAAGUUAGUUGAAUGAAAAAAUGGUGGCUACCAAACACCGAAUCGCGUCCCGGUUUGAUAAAUCAGACAAUCUAGACGAUUGGAUCCGUAAGAUCAAGAACAAGAAAUUCGUCGUCAAGCGUGAAACCCGCGGACAGGACCUGCGAGUGUUGGCCAUGCUUACCGGAGCGCUUUCUCACGCCGAAGAAUGUCUACGGCGUGAGAAAAUCCGGAAGCAGGAAGAUAGGGCCAUUAAGUGGGCCCGGAUCCGAUCCCGGUUAGCCGAACCCCCGCGGAUGUACUGUGACCUGGAGGAGGAAGAGGAAGAAAAAGCCCGUAACGCGUCCAACGCCAUCUGGAGCGAAGACUUUAACGGAAUCAAUAAUUUCAUAACGGAACUGAACAGUAUCAAGACUCCCCUGAGCCGAUAAGACGUAACGGGGGCCAGUCCCAGAGCAUGAACUUAACUUUCCUACAAUCAAUCGGAACUAGAAACUUCCUUCUUGGUUUUUUUUUCGAGUAGGGAACAAACUGUCGAUCUCGGUAGAUAUAAAACUUUUCAAACGUGCAAUCAAGAGUGCUAGGGAGCCAAACUUUGCCGCAAGCGUCACCGUGAAACGUAUUCCCAUCGCCCGAAAAACCCAAACACACAAGUUGCGAAAAAACGUCGGUCGCCAUUUUGAAAUUGAAAAUUUUCAUCACACUCGCUGCUGACUCGAUCCGAUUUCUCACUCACACACACGCUCACAUCACAGUAGUCAUGCGCGAACACGAGUCCAACAUGAAACGCAAUGGCGUCGGCCAAUGUGAUGUCAUGGAGAUACUCGUGAUCGCUUGCUGUGUGUUCGUGUCUGUGUGACCGAGCAGCUCUCGGUUUCGAGAACAACGGGUACACACGUAACUUUCCCUUCCCGAAACAGUAGUGAACCAAACAAGCGACAGCGAAAAAAAAAAACGAACGAACGGGGUUCGAGUGCAAUGUUUUCGUUUCGCCUUGGGUUCUCCCCACCCAAUCGAUCCAAGUAGCCACCGUCGGUCGCGCGAUUUGAAUUUAGAGUGGUGCUCGCGCUCGGGUUGCUUUGGGCUGCGACGGGGGGAAAGGUUUCACGUUGAGCGCGCGUCAAGGUGAGUGGCGAUAGGAUAGGUCUUUGUUUCGAAUCAAGAAAAUUCCACCCGAUGCAAUCGUCGUGGCAUACUUUGAUGAUGAUGAUGGACUGAUGAGCGAAUAAGUGAAAGAGCAAUGAUACCGAGAGCUACGUUGUGAUGAGACAAGUUUCGAUGUGAUGGAUAAAAGUUUCGAAUA